ACACGUCAGCCACACGCGAUUUGAGUCGGAUCCCGGCCCCGGCAUGCAUUUUGUAAACUCCUCACCAUCAUCAGCGCUGCAGCUAUCACUACAAUAACCCCGGACUUUGUGACAGAUUUGCCCCCAGACUGUCUACAAUGUUAGCUAGACUUUCUGUACACUGUGUGCGGUGUAAGCCGCUAUCAGCGACAAUCUCCAAGUUUUGGACCGUCAUGCAUGCUGUACUCCAAUCACAGCAUAGUGCGACAACCACAACAUAGUGCCAUGCAUCAAUGUAUGAUCAUCUAUGCUCAUCCAUCAGUUUGAGCGCCUCAUGUUUCUUCGUACUCACAACCGUUGCUACAUGCCAUCUACGAUCACAGCGGUGCACGGUGUUGCAGUGCAUACUGCUGCAGUACUUAUUCUCAACAGCCUACCAUUUAUCUGUUGUAUCACUCGAAAAUGUCAGCCUCAGACACCUUCGGUUUGCAAUUAGCCAAGUAUACUAACGUCGCUGCAUCAGCAAUCCUAAUUUAUGAUUACUUUAUCACGUCACAUUCUGAAAUCCAAUGGACCUGGGGACGGAAGUGGGGAAUUAUUCGUAUUACCUUCACACUUUCACGAUAUGUACCUUUUGCUGGUGCAUUUAUGACCUCGUAUUCCGCUGUCAAGACAUGGGGCACCCAAGAUUGUGCACCUUUUAACGAUGCUGUAAAUGGCUUACAUUUCUUGGGCGUCAUUGCCUCGGAAGGUCUGUUGAUUGCCAGGGUUCAUGCCUUCUCCGGCAACAAAAAGGCUAAUCUUAUUGUUCUUUUAUCAUUUGGCUUGACCAUCAUGGUGACGUGUGUGAUCCUAAGUGCUGCCCCUAUCCAUUUCAGCAACCCAGAAGCUGGCCCGCCUUGCACGUUUGAGGGUGCUCGUAGCAGUGCUUUUGGGUAUGGACUCUUAAUGUUCUUCGAGAUCGGUGAGGUGGUGAUUAAUUCAAAUAUCUUAUUCUGACGAUUCACUUCUAGUUCUCAUGCUCGCCACUGCAUUUGUGAAAUAUCGGCGCUAUUUUGGUUUUCAUAACACGUUAAUAAGGAGUGUCUACGGCGAUGGACUCCUCUACAUGUCCUGCAUCACAAGUAUUAACACCGUUGCUAUUAUGAUUUUAGUGCUGAUAUCUCUAUAGUGAUAUCCACUCUUAAUGUGAUUGUAAUCUCUGUGUUCCCCCUCUCAUACAGCGAGAUGUUAAACGCGUUAGCCUGGUCGUAUAUAUAUGUCGUCAAAAGCUCAUAUUCGACAUUUUAGACCUCAGAUUGUUUUGCACAGCGUUCUUGCAUCGCGAAUACUAUUUAGUCUUCAAGCGGACAGGGAGCAAUCGGUCAUCCCCACAUACCUAUCGACGAAUGCGCCGGAAAUGCAAUCG